AGGGCUUUAAAAUUGUAGGCGCUAUAAGUUUAGAACACGUAGCAUUUUCUUAAUAACGGAAGAGAGCGCAUAAGCCAAUAUUAUAAGCAACGUGGCGAAACACGAAAGACAGAAGUGGACUGUAUAAAUUCAGUUACUUGAAACUAAUCUUAAGUCUGUCUUGUUAUUGCAAGCUGGUCGUCUCAUACAUCACACGCGUACCAAGAUUUCAGAGAUGUUGCGAGUACUAAACUUAUUUUGUGUAGUGUCGCUAUUUGUUUGUACUUUGAAAGUGCAGGCAACCCGGCUAAAAUAUCCUGAAUUUCACGAUGAUGUUUCGCGAAACGAACAUUACGACGAAGCUGACGAGCACAAUCCAGAGUAUGACCACGAAGCUUUUCUUGGCGAAAAAAUUGCCAUGGAAUGGGAAAAACUUCCCGAUGAUGUAGUCAAAGAAAAGUUGAGGUAAGUGGCUUUGAAUUUCUAUCAGUCAUAUCUGUAAUGUUUCCGAAAAUUCUCUGAUUAUGUUAUAAGUUAUCAACGUUACGCUAGCUCAAUAACAUCUACAUAUCGCAUCUGUGAAUAUAUAGGGUGUAUUGGUCCCCAGACUUUAUUUUUACCGAGUCAUAUAAUUUGACAUUGGUGGAAAAAACAUGUAUUUAAGAACAAGGCUCGCGAUUUAAGAACUUGUAAAGAUUUUUAAACGGUUUUCAUAAUUAUCAUUUCUCUUCGUGUCGUGGGAGCCACAAUAUUCAAGAGGAAAACUGGCUGUUUCCUUUUUGGUUUACCAAAAUCACCUCUUAACACUCCUUCGACCCCUGUAGUUUGACGUAAUGACGUCAGCACACGCAAAAAGGAAAAACCUUGCACAUUGAUAAUUCGAUUCUAGGUUUGAGCCACGUGACAAGGCAACAAUGGUGGUGGUCAUACAAUAAACACUUUUUUGAAGAAUUUUAUAUGAAAAUGGUGUUCAGUUCCCAAGGGAGAGAAACCACCAACAUGGCCGCCGUGACGUCACGUGCAAAAAAAGCGAUAGGACAAUUGACCACUCCAGAAAAUACCAUAACAUACCAUAAUGUUCUUUUAUUGUCACCCCAAAUUUUGCACUAGCAUUGUUUUCAGUUUCUCUUGGGGCCAUUUUAACUCCCAAGAAACUGAAGACAAUGCUUAUGCAAAAUUUUGGAGUGACAAACACAGAGCAUUAUGGUAUGUUAUGGUAUUUCUGGAGUGGUCAAUUGCACGAUGACUUCAUUUUACUACAACCACAAGAAUCUACCAGUCUGUCGAUUUCUUGUAGAAAUUAGGGCUUUCAUUGUUUUAAACCUCACUGGAAUAAGAAAGCAAAAUCGAAAUGAAUUCUGUUUGUUGUGGUAAAAUGAUGUCAUCGUGAAAAUGGCUUAUUGUGUGUUUUCAUAUGACGUCAUGGCGGCCAUAUUUGUGUUCCAAAACAAUGAAACGGCGGCCGUGUUUGUGUCCCAAACCAGUCCUGUGGGAGUUGAACUCUUUUCUUAUGUAAACGCUUUUUUUUGUUCCAAUAAAUUUGCAUAGAUGCUGGCCACGUAAGUGAAAACACAGAAUUGGCCUAGUGUGAUAUGAGCUUUGAGACAGUUCAAUGUGGCUUGAUAUCAGUCAUUUCAAUUUAAUUAUGGCGCCGCACUUUAAUACACCAAUUUCGAUAUAUUAUUUUUCUCUCUCCCCAUCGCGUGUCGCCUUUUCUCGCGUGGGGUGAUUUUCACGCGCGCUCGCGUUUCGCUCGCUCUACUAUCACUGAGGAAAAAUGGGGGACUACUCGUAGUCUAGUUCAAUGUGGCUUAAUGUCAAACAAUUCAAUUUAAUUAUGGCGCCACACUUCAAUACACCACUUUCGAUACAUUAAAUUACCUACUUAGCUGCGAGGUUUGGCGGAAUGAAACAAAAGAAAUCAUCUUGAGGCUCAACAAUGAGUAAUACAUUUCUUUUGUUUUAUGACCCCAUACCUCGGAGCCAAGUAUGAAUUUUAAUAUAUCGAAAUUGGUCUAUUACUCUGAGCUUGUUCUACCCGAGAUCCGAUUAAACUAAGACAGAUUCUUGUCUGCUGGGAUUUUUAAAUUGCUAUUAGCGAGAUUAAACCUCACGUAUACGGCAAACGGCAAAUGUCAGAUUCAAGUUGAGAAUUUCUCAAAAUAGAACAUGAACAGAUAAAAACAGCUCAAAAAAUUCUUACGGAUAAAAAAUUGCGUGAAACUACUGAAUAAUGGACAUAAAACGGCAAGUAAAGGAGAAACUUGGUCACGUGGUACAAAUUCGCGCUUGCCGUUUGACGUAAACGUGAAGCUCACCCCUCUAUUGUCAACGGGCAGCCUAAUAAAGCCGUGCGCGAAAGUUCCUAGGCAGAAUGAAUCUCUAUGCGAUGGUACAUAAGGUAGUGUUAAGUGAUGUAAUGCAGAACAGAAAGUGUUUUCAUCGUUUUCGAGCGAACACGUGAUACAGAACAGGGAAUCCACGAGCCGUGUGCGUGUUUGUAAGUCCCAUCCUCAUCCCGUUUAUAACCAAUCGUCGGGUGGAUUCAUUUGCAACAUACACGUAUAGUUGUCGCAUUUGCCCCCUGGAAUUUUUUAUUGCUUUUGUGCUUACAAUAAAAACUCCAGAGGAGAUGAGACAUCUAUACGCGUGUUUCUCGUAAUUUAUGGUAAUUUAUGACAUUUCAAUACAAAUUGAACAGCGCGCGCGUAUAGGUAAAAUCUUUGCUCUUGGAACUUGGCGAUAGCUAUAACUAGUACGUAUUUAAGAUGAAAAUUGGUCUUUGUACUUCAGUAGCAUGCCUGUAACUUAGUCGAUUUAUGAAGAGCCCACAUUAUUCUCAAGGUUUUUAAUUGUUUUGCAUUUUUAUUUUUUGGUAACAGGGAAUUGUACCCUUUAAUAGACAUAGACAAAGACAACAAAGUUUCUAACAGCGAACUUUAUGACUGGAUUGAGCAGCACAUGAAAAAACACGUGCUUCGGUCGGCAAACACCAAAAUACAGGAUCUGGACAAGAAUAAGGACGGCAAGGUAUCAUGGGAAGAGUACAAGGCUGUGGAAUUUAAUUUUUCCGAAGAGGAAGGUUAGAAAUAACUCUUUAACUUCAGCGAAGCUCGUCAUACACAACUCUAGUACAUUUCAGUGUAAAUAUUGUCAAUGUUUAACUUUCAAAAGAUGCAAUAAAAUUCACUCUGAAAUGCGCUAGUCAUGAGGGUAUGUAUGGUGCGCAUUCAUUUGGAAAAAUGAGCAUUUAAGUAAAUGUUGUAACGCGGAUUUUUGGCGGGUUCGUAGGCUAGGUUCGUUUGAAAUUUCAAAGUGUUGCAAUGUAUCAAUCUUAAUGAAAGUUGCAGACACUAUUAUAUGCAUCUUGAAGAAUAUGUGAGAAGGUUGGAAAAGAAUUCUGUCGGACCGUUCCAGAAAUGUACAGAAAAGCGGUAAGAGUCAAAAUUUGAAUUCAAAAUUUGAAUUCAACCAUACAGAAUUUCUUACUUCUUACGGAGGUUUUAGUUCCUGGUGUCGGGUUUUCAGUAGCAGGCCUAGAUCGCGUAAGAUUCGGCUUCAAAUUCGAUUUCAGAGUUUUUUUUCUAUUGUCGUCAUAGUGAUAUCAAAUUAACUUUAAACUACAUUUUGACAAACUUCAAUCCAGAGUCAGUCGGUGGUGAAAAUUUUAUAGUGAUCGGUCAAGGAUAAAAUCACUUUUAAGGCGUAUGGUGUCCGAAAAACCCUAUCGAAACACCUUAAACGUGAUAUAAGCUGUCAAAAAUUCCCCUUCACCGUAACCCUUAACCCUUUAAGCCCCAAGAUCCACAUACAAAUUCUCCAGACUGGUCUUCAUACAUUUCUUUUAAGAUUAGUUGAGAGAAUUGGUUUAAGAUCAAAGCCUUCUCCCUUUGGUUUUCAAUUAAGUAAUUCUCAUAACCUUUACUCUUGAUGAUCUGCUAAUGUUGUUAGGAGAAAAUUGAUGUUGGUCACUCUUGGGACCUAAAUUAAAGGGCUAAUGAAACAGGCGCUUAUUUCUCACAGGUUUACCUGAAGAGACCUCCAAAGAACUGAGGGAAAUCGAAGCGCGUGAGAAGAAAAAGUUCGACUUUGCCGACACAGAUACUGAUGGCCAACUGUCUAUGGAGGAGCUCACACUUUUUCUCCAUCCCGAGGAGUCUAAACGAAUGACGGCAUUUCUUGUCCAGGUAAAGCGAUUGAUUUAGCCCAACCUUGUUUCCAGUGUCUCCCUUUCCGUCCUCUGGGUUGGAGAGUGGGGGGAGGAAGGGAGAUGAAAGCCCCUGGAAGCGAGGCUGGAUUAGCCUCCAUCCGGACAGUCAUUUCUCUUCAGCUUUUCACAAAAGAGGAAGCUAAAGAGAAACGUCUCUGGGAUCAAGGUUACAAGUGAGUUCGUGGUAACGUUGGCUGUGGGAAAGACCACUCUGUAUUUUCAUUUAAAACCUUAACGGAAACUGCGCACACGAGUCAUGUGAAUGAUCGAGCAGUAAAAACCCGCGAAUAAGAUGCUGCAUUUUCCUAAGUUAGGCUAAACAGGUUCUUACAUAGAUGGUAAUGAGCAGAAACUUAGGCUAGUUAAGUUCUUAAAACGGUUUUUUUUUAUUAAGAAAAAACAUACAUUGUAGCUAAGAGUAGUUAGAGGUAUUCAGCUUAUUCCUUAUAUAAAAUCUGCAUAAUAAAUUAGUAUUGCAGUUUGAGUGAUAAGGCACCUAGGUCUCCAAAGAGGAUCCUGAAUGCUGGCUUAUCUUAUUUGCCUAAGUUUACAGAAUUUUUUGAUAGACUUUAGAAAAUAAUUAAGAACCUGUUUCAAAUUUUAGGCUAAACAGGUUCUUGUAUGGAGGGAUGGGGGGGGGGGGGGGGGGGUGUGACGUCACACACAACAAUCAAAAGUCGUAUAUUAUAUAUUUUUUUUUUUAUUUUUUAAAUUAAUAAAAUUUAUUAAAUAAAAUAAAAAAAAAAAAAAAGAUUUUGUUAUAAAUUUGAAAAUGUGGGGUGUGUGGGGGGGGGGGGGGGGGGGGGGGGGGGGGGGUGUUUGACUGCCUCCUUUAGCCAAACAGGUUCUUAAAAACCACUAUCGUAAUCGCCGGUUUUUAGUUUAAUCAAAGAAACUAUGGUUUUUUAUACUUAGUUAAUUGGUUCACCUGCCAAUUGAAAAUUGCUCCACUUACGGAAUAUCAGUAGAAAGUUUGUGCGAAGAUAACUGUUGUUCUGUUUUGUUGUAACAGGAGAACUUGGAAGCGUUUGAUACGAAUAAAGAUGGAAAAAUUUCGCUUGAAGAAUACCUCGGUACGUACGUAAAGAAGAAGAUGUUCACACUUCUCAUCCCGCUUUCAUCUAGUAACAGUGGCCUUACCAAAUGAGAUAACUCUGCGACCGUUGCCUUUUGUCUUCCUUUUCUUUUCUUCUCCCUGCUUUCUCUCUUUUUUUUUUCUGCUGUGGCUUGAAAAUUUUAGGCCCGUAAAGCCGAGGCCAAGCGUCGAACUUUUCACGAGACGAACCAAACGUUGUGAGUUAAGUUCAUGAACGAUCGACGUCUGGCUCAGUUAAGUUCGUCUGAAUGAGUUUGGAUCGUCCAACACGUUCUAUCCGUCUGUUUCAGACGGAUAGAACGUCCGAAGAUCGUCUCCAGGACAAACGUCAAUCUUCACACGCGACGAACUAAACUAGUAAAUUACAUUUGUAUGAUAAUGUGUAUUUAGCCUUGUUCGGGAGAAAAUUUAUUACUGGCCGGCUAAAAUUCCUUUUUGGUUUGAUUCAGUUGAUUGCAAUUGGUUCGACGAGUCCUAAGUUCGACGUCAGACCCAACAGACGAUCUUAAUAAUUUAGGUCGACCCAAAUUAGAGUUUGAUUCGUCUCAUGACAAGUUCGACGUUUUGCCUAGGCCUAAGACUCAAAUAUUAGCUCGCCUUUUGGCCCUAUUCCGACUAGGCGCAGUCUCCAGCAAUGGCAUCGAAACCCUCACGGAUGGAGACUGAACGUACAUCGCGAUCCUUCCUCAGGCUCGCCGAUGUUCGCCUGUUAUCUCGCAUAUUUUUAUCAGAGUUCUAGAAAAACGAUUUAAAUUAGCUGAGCCAAAUAAUCACACUAAUUAUAACGAUCAUCAGAAAAAUUCUCAUCACUUCUGACUGCUUGUCAAACCACAUAACUUGUAACACUCUUAGUAUAUUGUUUUUUUUUUCUUUUUUCAACAGGUGAUAACUUAAGCGAGCCCAGCAUACGCUCUCUAACUACAAGCUUUAAAAAGGAGCUCGACCGAAACAAAGAUGGUUAUCUUGAUUCGGUACGCCUUUUUGUACAUAGUUUUUUUUAUACCUUUCGUUUUUAUCAGUCUAACUUUCUAAAUCAAACGCCGUUAUUUGUCACUGAUAGUUAGUGAUGAAAAUGCGGUUAUCGUUGAACAUAACAUUGAAAAGCACCAGCUCCAAAGAAAAUUGUGCACAGUAUUUAAUGCAUACUCGCGAGUACACGGACGACUUAAUCACUGAUUUCUAGUAGUUCUUACACUUCCAAAAACAUUAAAGAAAUAAACUUACGAUAAAAGUUAAAGAAAUAAAUCGAAACUUCUCGUAAAGGUCGACAAUACCAGAGGAAAGUAUUACUUAGUAGUGUAAGUUUGACUGGUUGCAAAUUAGGAUUUCAUCCUCACGCUGAAAAUUUAGAACCACCUCGCAUAGCAUACUGCCUUAUUUCAUGAAAUGAAUUUAACGUAUUCUCUUGUUUGGUUGCAAUAAUGAUCGCCUUUUUCUAAGGUUUAGUAUUAGAAAUACGGUCUUUCACUGUAUAUUUCUCGGGAAAAAGGCGAUCAUUAUCACAUCAAAACACGGCACAAGGAUCUUUUUUCCCAUUACAAUCUUAUUCUAAGAAAAAUUUAAGAAAAAAUGUCCCGAAAAGCGCUCGAAAAUACAAACGAAAUGUGCUCAUGCCCCUGGGCAUCCUAUGAUACUCCUUAAAUCGAAUUAAUUCAAUAUGGCCGCCGUAUAGGUAAAAAGGUCUAUUGACAGUUUGAGAGUAAGGGUCGAUUUCCACUCAUGUCGCGUAAUUUUAACGUGCGUAUGUGCGCGAAAUUUACGUUCGCAAAUAAAAUAGAGGCAAUGUAUGAAAGGUCGCACGUAAGCGUAAAAGUAGAACCUUGCUCAACUUCGCGUUUAAUCUCAACACUUCAUAUCUUGCCUCUAUUUUAUUUACGUGAUUAAAAUUUACGUGCGUUAACGUGCGUAGCCAAAAACGCGUCAGUGGAAGGUUUGAAUUUAGGACAUGGUCGAUGAGAGGAGAUUCUUAUUAUCACUGUUAACAUUUUUGCCUUUACAGGAUGAAGUCCGUCGCUGGAUUCUCCCAGGAGUAACAGAGGAUCCUAUUCAAUCAGAAACGAAUCACCUCAUGAAAAUAGGUGAUGAUGACAAGGUAAUGACCAGUAGUAACUUGUAACAACGGUAGACUAAAAAGUAGAACGAUCUCGCAGGCCCCUGGGCAAACUGCUUUUUUUUGGCACUGGCUCUGUCUUCAGCUUGUAACAUGGAAAUCUAGCACGUUCUGUUUAGGUAUUUGCUUUGUCAGUUAUUUGGGCAUGAAAACUUGUUUGCUCAUUUGAACCGCUGAGACUUCAUGAGGAGCCUUUACAAAAUAGCCUCUCACUCCCUCUCGUGUUAGAUCAUAUUUACGGUAUAUUUUCUUCACACCUUACUCCCCUAAGUCGGCACUUGUUGCGCUAAUGUGACUUACGAAGGUUUGAAUUAUUUCGCGGUCGAUGAUCUUGCCACGCAUCGGUAAUUGCAACCUUUUGUUUCUCGAAUAAUAGAGGCACUUUACCUUAAACAAUAAAAAAGACCAUAAAAGGAGAGAAAAUAUCGGUCAUUGUUAACCCAAAAUUGCAACCCAAAGUUUGAUACGGAAAUUGUUUAAUUCCUGAUUGCAUAUUUCCAAAAAAAGGCAAAAAUAAAUACAAUGACGUAGCUUGGGGGGGGGGGGGGGGAGGGGGGAAAGCUAGGUUGCUUUUGACCCCGCCUUUGGUAACAAGGAAUUAGGGCGAGGUUGAUCUGGAAGUGUUAAUUUUAUGUGGGCAUUAAAUUUCGAAAAUCCCACGUCCACUACUCUAGAACCCUGGCCACACCGAAAAGAGGUUUAUUAGAAAUGGAUCCGAAGUCUCAUUUCAUGGGGUGAACGAGAACACUGAAGCUAGAGCUUUUAAUAAGGGUUUUCUCAAAGAGGAAAAAUUAUGUCAGUAAUAAUUGACUAUCUGAGGUGUUUUAAUACAAAAUAAUUUUACCUUUUUUUCCGACAGGAUCAAUUCUUAUCUGUUGAAGAGCUUGUUAAGCACUAUGCAGACUUUGCUGGUAGUCGUAUGACAAAAUACGGGGAUCUACUUAAAGAAGAACUAUGAAUACAUACAGACGAUCGUAUUUAUGUCUCUAUAGAUAUACACGGUACAAAGGCAGCUUGCAAAAUUCUUUGUUCGUACCGUGCAUGUAUGAGAGUGUGAGACUGAAUACGCUAACAGUGAAUCAUUUGCAGAGUUUCACUGCACAAGAAAGUCAGUCAUAAUACUUCAAGCAGAUAAUGUUUAUUUCAAAAAAUGUAAUUUUGUUGGUGAUUUCAUUACGUUCAAGUCUAACUCCUGAGUGA